AUGAUUUAUGAAUUGAGAGACUUUAUUCCAUUUAUUGAGUUUAUUUUGAAUCAAGACAAUAAAAUUUUGGACACACCAAUAUAUGGUGAACUUUGGAUAAUUGGACCCUUAAUUCAAAAGUCCAGUAAUUUAAGAUUUACAUCAACAAAAGACUUUUUGGAUUAUAUUAUUCAAUUUAAUAUUAUUAGUGGUUACCUGUUAGAAUUUAGUAAAGAUUUAAAUAACAACAUCGAUAUUAAACAUUUACCAAAGUUAAUAAGUAUAAACUUUAAAGGAGUCUUGAUGUUGCAAAGCCGAUUGAAGGGGAAACAAACAUUUUCACAAAUAUCCAACUCCAAAAAUCAUAAAUUACCAACUAAUUUAUUACAGAUUUUGGAAAUGCUGUCAAAGCGUGACAUAUUGCCGUAUACCUCCACUAAUAGUAGCUUGUCCAGUGACUUAUCGUUUGAUGUGGAAUUUUUACAAGAAUUGAUUAAUAAACCUACUGCUAGGACAAUUUUGAAUAAGCAAAAGGCACUGUUGAAAACACCAGAAAAACCCUUCCAUUCAAUUUGCAGUGAUCACAAUCAUAUUAAUUUGCUAGCCACUGUUGGGUUAAACAAAAAAGAAUAUAGUCAUUUUGGAUCCAAACAAACAAUUCCUGUAGAUGUUAUUCAUCAAAGAAUUCUCAAGUGUAGAAACAUUUUAUCAAAUGAUGUAUACAAAUGUGUUCAAGAGAGAAUUCAUUUUUUACCCAUUAUCAAUAAUCACACAGAUUUAAAUUUAGGAGACUGUUCAUAUUUGGAUACUUGUCAUAAAUUAAAAUCUUGCCGUUACUUGCAUUAUUAUACACUUACUCCGAUGAAAAAAGAGUUGUCACAUAGUAGCAAAGAAGAACAGCAACAAAGACAAAUAAAACUAAAAGGUCUCGAAUACACUAUUGGAGACUGUUUUUCAGAAUCGUUUAGAGAACCAUUACCUCCUCAAUGGAUUAAUUGUGAUGUGAGAUGCUUGCCUUUUUCGAUAUUAGGUAAGUUUGCAGCUAUUAUUUCUGAUCCAGCAUGGGAUAUACAUAUGUCAUUACCGUAUGGUACCUGUAAAGAUGAUGAGUUGUUAUCCUUACCCAUGCAUGAAUUGCAAGAUGAAGGUAUCAUUAUGUUGUGGGUAACUGGAAGGUCUAUUGAAAUUGGGAGACGAGCAUUGUUGAAAUGGGGGUAUCAAAUCUAUGAUGAAAUGAUUUGGAUCAAGUUAAACCAAUUGAGAAGAACAAUUGUCACUGGUAGAACGGGACAUUGGUUGAAUCAUUCAAAAGAACAUUUAUUGGUUGGACUUAAAGGUAAUCCUAUUUGGAUUAAUAAGAGAAUCGAUACAGAUGUUGUCGUUAGUCCAACUCGCGAGACGUCAAGAAAACCUGACGAAUUUUACGAUAUUGUGGAAAGAUUGGUGGGUACUCAUUCAAGAAAAUUAGAGAUAUUUGGUAGAGACCAUAAUACUAGACCAGGUUGGCUUACAAUUGGAAAUCAAUUACAAGGAGUUUCACUAUUUGAACCAGAACUCAAAUAUAAGUACGAAUUAUAUAAACAAACAACAACGGGUACUACUGCUACUACUAGUAUUAGUAUGAGUACUAGUGGUAGUGGUGGAAAAUAUUAA